AUGAACGACCUAGCUAUACAUCUGAGCAGAAGGAAACGAGCGGCUUGGGGAGUUUUCAAGAGCAUCGAUGAUGUAGCGGUGAGAACAAAGAACAUCCAGCUGCGUGCCCACCUUUUCGACUCAACAUUACUUUCUGCGUUAACGUAUGCAUCGGAAAGCUGGUCGCUGCGCAAACAAGAUGAAAAAUCACUCAGCGUCAUUGGAAGCGCAGUCGAAAGGACGAUGCUAGGAGUAUCCCGUUCCACACAAGUAAAGGAUGGGAUCCGAAGCUCCGAUCUGCGUCAACGAUCAAAAAUCAAAGAUGCUGUUCCGUACGCCAAAGAGCUGAAGAUAAGGUGGGCCGGAUACGUAAUGCGUAUGUGUGACAACCGGCGGACGAGAGCCGUUAGUGACUGGAUUCCUCGGGAAGUUAAACGCACUGCAGGAAGACCACCGACUCAAUGGUCAGAGUUCUUUACGAAAAGCCUAGAAGAAAGAUAUGAUCAUCGACGAGUCCGUAAAGCCAGCAGAACCCACUUGGCUACUCUUCCAUGCGAUAGGGAAAAUGGAAGAUUUACUGGCGUCCGCACGAGUCACUCGACGAUCAGCGGGACUAUAGGUGAUACAGGCCCUAGUGGUAGAUAG